GUCUCUGUGCGUCGACGCUUUGAUUGAGCUGUCGGAUGAAAACGCAGACUGGAAGCUGAGUUUAACUGAGUUCAUCAAUUGUCUGACGCCCACAUACCACCCAUAUGAGAGAAAGUGCGCUCUGGAGGACGAGGUGUUUGAGGACGGCGCUGAAACUCGGAUGGAGUGUAACAAGUGUGUGUGUGCCUGUGGAAACUGGGUGUGCACCGCUCUGACCUGCAACGGAGAGCAUCAGGGAGAGGGGGCUGCUGAGGAGGGAGCAGAAGAGGAGGAGCUGACAGAGGAGGAGUGGAGCAGGAGAGUGGCCGAACUCAACGCUUUACAGCGGGACGGUCCACGCUGAAAAUGAAACCUUCAUGGAUACCUGAGGUCACACCUGCGCCUGCAGCAGCCAAUCAGCAGCUGAACGCCAGAUAAGAGGAACUCAGACUCAAACACUUUCUGUUUUUAGUGUCAGCCUGAUUUAGCCUGGUAUACAGAGAGAAUAUUUUUAAAGUUUCACCACCUCGCAUAUAAAUCUACAUUUCUCUGCACAAUAAUUUACAAUUUUGUAUAAAAUGAAUUUUUAUUGAUCAUUUAUUGCAGGUGAGGAUGGUCCGUGUUUCAUCACUUUCAUUCAGUUGUUCAGUUCCACCUGGAAAACUAAAAAACUAAAAACACUAUUGAGUAUUUAUGUGUUUUUCAGUAUAAAC